AUGGAAAACACCAUCCUAUCAAAACUGACCAAUAAAACAACAUUUAUAAAUGAUACCACCCUGUACAAAUCAACAUCAUUCAUCCAGUCAAUCGUUCUAUCCACAACUAAUACGCUCCUUGUCACUAAAUCAACCGUGCUAUUUCCAGACAUAAAUACACUCAAACAGAAAGAGCGGGCACUAUUCGUUACCGCAAUAAGUAAUUUACCAUUUAUAUUGAAUGUUAUUGAGCAGUACGACUAUCUGCUGUUCUAUAAAACAGGUAUGAGUGCAUUUGAUAUGGUUAUGGUUAGGAAGGUUAAUGACAAGCUGGGCAAGUGUGUACUUUUUGUGGAGAGUGGAUUGGUGUAUUAUGACUGGGAGUUGAGUGUGGUGCGUGAUACUUAUUUUUGUAUGGGGUUGAAGUUUAAAAUACGAGGCAGUGUGAUGGUAGAAGAGUAGGGAGGAAAUAGCUGGUGGUACCGAUUGGCGAUAAAGAGGAGUAUGAAAUAUGCAUUUGUUUAAGAUGUCAUCCAUAGGCACAUACUUUGUUCCUAUGCAGAAAACCGCAACGUGCAUCCUAAAACAGCAAUCAACAAAACCGUAGUUAGCAAUAAUUUGCUAAAAUUUAUUUACAAUAAACGUGGUAUGCGUGCUUUGUAAGGCCGUUUUUGGAAAUAAAGUUAAUUUGAGGAGAAAUAUGUGUGUAAAG